CAAUGGGAGGCGAGGGGCCCGAUUGUCCUUCAGGUUGGCUGUUAGACAUGGCAAAGCGGGGCCCAAGGUAAAGGCCCCGUAGAAUCGGCAACCCUCCUUUCUACUUGGAGAAAGCCUCGUGGAAUUCAACAGGAAUUAUUAUUGCAAUUUGCAUUGGGCCCCGCCCCUUCCGCAGUCUCGCGGUGUUUCCUCGGGCGGCCAUUUUGGCGACGGGUUCUACAGGCGGAGCAACAGGCCUUCUACUUCCUCCGCCCAGAAAGCGAAGCCAAGCCGUGUGAAGGAGAGAAGGAGGAAAUGGCGGCCGUCGUCGUCGACGCCUUCGCCGCUUGCCGGGGCUGAGCAGCGAAGCUAAGGGAUUGGGAGAGAUCCGCUUCCUUCCCUCUCCGAGCCCCGCUUUGCAGCCUCUCUGUCGAUCUUUUAAAAUUGCAUGAUGUGUGAUGAGUUGGAGAUUCUUGACAGGGAGAUUGAGAAAUUAUUACAAAGCAGCAUCAUGGAAGAAACCUCCUUAAACUCAGAAUCCCUUCAGCCAUCAAGCUCUGAUUCCUGGGAUGUAGCUUCUGCUUCAGGCAGUAAAGCACGAGGCAGUUUAGUGAAGGCAGCCACAUCAAGUGGAGUAUUGCUGGUUUCUGAGUCUUCGAGAGGCCAUCACCAUGAAUGUUGUGCUUCUGGCUUCAGCACAACAACCUAUGCUGUAGGGAUUUUGCUGAGUGAUUCUGAUUUACUUCAUCCCUUCAAUGAUUCUUCUUUUGGUUUAAAACCGCUGUCAGAAAAAAUCCUGACAACCUCUAACCCCAUGUCAGAGGUGACAUUUGGGAACAGUAGCAUCAGUAGUAUGGAAGAAGAGAAUUUGGAAUCUGUGGCACUGGAGUCUGAAUCUAAUAUGGAAAGCCCAUCUCGUGCUUUGAAUGACAAAGGUGAGCAAAGCAAUGAGGAUGAACAAAAAACCCUUAAACCCACUAGUAAGGAGUUCAGGAAAACGUGGGGAUUUCGGAGGACUACAAUUGCGAAGCGUGAAGGCUUAGGGGAUCCUGAGAUGGAUAUUACUGAGCAGUCUUCUUCGCAGCAGCAAAACAUGGCUCUUAGGCGUAGUGGGCGACAGCCAAAACGCACUGAACGGGUGGAAGAGUUUCUUACAACAGUAAGACGCAGAGGAAGAAGAAAUCUUCCUUCAGGCCUCGAUGACUUGAAUGACCCAGCAUCUUGCCAUGUUACUGACAUUGAAACUGCUUCUGAAGGCAGUGUAGAAAGCAUAUCAGAUGUUAGAACUGGAACUCAGAAGGGCCGCUCUAAGGACAAUAAAAGCCAGUCGUCUUAUAAACUUAGAACCACUAAAGACCAUGGAGAUGGAGAGGGGGAGGAGGAAGAUACGUCUGACAGUGAUAGUGAUGGAUUAACACUAAAAGAAUUGCAGAACCGACUAAGGAAGAAACGUGUUGAGGAGAAACCAAAAGAGGUAACACUGAGAGACUUACAAAAUCGGCUCAGGAAAAAACAGCAAGAACAAAAUCCUACUGAGAUAGAUGAUGACCAAGGAGGCAACCAGAUUAAGCAUGAAGUAGAUAUAAAGCAAGAGCCAGAAGAUACAGAUAACACUGAGGCUAAAAUAGGUGUUCCCAAGGAAAAUACAGAAACAGUUCAGGUUAAGAAGGAAAGAAAAUCUCCUGUGCAUACCAGUGAUGAACCAGCAGAACUCAGAAAGAUCAAAUCGGAGUCCGACAUUUAUGAUCCCAAUACUCUCUACUGCAUCUGUCAGCAGCCCCACAACAACAGGUUUAUGAUCUGUUGUGAUAGAUGUGAAGAAUGGUUUCAUGGGAACUGUGUAGGGAUUUCAGAGGCUCGUGGGCGACUGUUGGAAAGGAAUGGAGAGGACUAUAUAUGCCCAAAUUGCACCAUUCUACUGGUGCAGGAUGAAGCGAUUACAGAAACAGGGCAUCAGGAAACUGCUCUAGGACAUCUAGCAAAUGAUGGCACAGAGCUUACAAGCAUCGGAACUGUUGAACAAAAGUCCAUUGAGGACCAAGGAAUCAAGGGCCGAAUUGAAAAGGCUGCAAAUCCAAGUGGAAAGAAAAAACUCAAAAUAUUUCAACCAGUACCUGAAGAACCUGAAGCCUCCAGUUGUAUUGGCCCAGGGUGCUCAAGGGUGGCUCAAUCAGGUUCUGUGUACUGCAGUCAUGAAUGUAUUCUGAAACAUGCUGCAGCUACUAUGAAAUUUCUUAGUGAAGGCAAAGAACAAAAACCAAAAGAGAAGACCAAACUAAAAACAAUUGCCGUAAAACCUCAGCCUCUGGCAGGCACCAAGCCCCUUUCCAUGCAGAAGAGACCAGCUCCCGAGAAGAGAGAGAGUGCCAUGAAGAAAACGGUGAUGACAGCUGUUAAGACUGAAGCAAAUAGUCAGGCAGUAGUUAAAGAGUCACCCCCAGAGAUCACCACACCGUCUUGGGCAAGCGAUCAUAAUUAUAAUGCAGUAAAGCCAGAAAAGACUCCUGCCAUUUCAUCAUCACUGUUGUUCAAAUCACAAAAAGAAGAGCGGAAGAAUGAAGAGAAAUCAGUGGAAUCUUCUACAGCCUCAAAGAAAAUUGUUGUAUCAACUUCCACAGUUGAGAGACAGAUAUCGUCCCAAAGUAGAAAUCUCCCUCAAAAGAAACCCUCUGCAUUUCCUAGUACUUCAGUAACUAAGCACACAGUUACUAAUACGUCAGUAACUAAGCACACAGUUACUAAUACGUCAGUAACUAAGCACACAGUUACUAAUAUGUCAAUAACUAAGCACCCAGUUGCCAGCACAUCAGUAACUAAACACCCAGUUGCCAGUACUUCACUAACUAAGCACCCAGUUAAGCAUUCUGCUGCAGGUUUUAAGGGGGUAAUUCCUAAAAAAUCAUCAGUUUCAACUGGUAUACCUACAUCUAGUAACAUUUCAACACCAAAGCCUUCACCUCUAUCCUAUGGUCCAUCUUCUGCUUCUAAAAGGCCAGUUGCCUCUUCUAACGUGGUUGGUGCACCUAGGAAACCCGUGGUGUCUUCUACUUCUUCCUUCACAACAUCUUCAACUUCACAAGCCAAAUCAUCUGUGAAUGCCAGUCAGUCACAGCCAAAUUCCCAAAUUCGUCAAAAUAUACGAAGAUCCCUUAAAGAAAUUUUAUGGAAAAGAGUAAAUGACAGUGACGAUCUGGUCAUGACAGAAAGUGAAGUGGGGAAGAUUGCACUGAAUAUUGAAAAGGAGAUGUUUAAUUUAUUUCAUGCUACAGAUAAUCGUUACAAGAGUAAAUAUCGCAGUAUUAUGUUCAAUCUCAAAGACCCCAAAAAUCAGGGACUUUUCCAUCGUGUUCUUCGAGAAGACCUCCCUUUGUCAAGGCUAGUAAGAAUGAAGCCAGAAGAACUUUUAUCCAAAGAACUUUCUGUGUGGAGAGAAAAACCAGCCAAAGCAAUAAUGGCACCUAGACGUAAAACUUUUGAAAAUAAAAAAAUAGUUGUAAAACAAGAACCCAUCCCAGAUGUUAACAUGGAGGAUUCUCCACCAGUAUCUGAUUCUGAUGAGCAGCAAGAAUCAGAACGAACAGCCCCAGAGAAGAACAGUACUCCUGUUCUGGAUGUUUUCAGCAGCAUGUUACAGGACACAACAAGUCAGCAUCGAGCCCACCUUUUUGACCUGAAUUGCAAAAUAUGUACAGGUCAGGUUUCUGCAUCUGAUGAUGAAACAGCUGCAAAGAAACCCAAAUUAUCUUCUGCUAAAAAAGCAGAACCAAAGACAGAGAUAAAGCCAAAGUCUGAAAGCUCAAUAUCAACAGUUGAUAUGGAGGCUACAAAGGAAGAAGAAUUAGAGAAUACCCUAGAACCUGAAGUUGUAUCUGCAACUGAAACAUUUUUUCAGCCAAGCAUGGAAAAAGCUUACAUUCCUUUAACUCAAGGACAAACUCACUUAGAAACUUCUCUGUCUAAUGAAGGUCCAGUGUAUCCCAUGUCUUAUGCUGUUAAUGUUACCACUACUGUGACAGUCUCUGGCAAGGAUCCAAGAACUGCCAUGAGUGCUUCAUCAGCAACUGUUUCUUCUGAGACCUCUGUAUUACCUACCAUCUCUACACCUGACAAACCUUCUGUAGGAGAAAGUAAACCAGAAACAUCAAAAUCUGUUUUACCAACUCCAAAGUCAAUAUUAACAAAGCCAUCAUCUGACCCAAGAUAUUUGGCAGGUCCACCAUCAUUGAAUGUUAGUGUGCCAGAGAUGCGGUCCCCUCCAGAAGGAGACACUUCCCUUUUUCUUUCUCGUCUCAACACCAUUUGGAAGGGGUUCAUCAACAUGCAGAGUGUGGCCAAGUUUGUCACCAAGGCAUAUCCUGUCUCUGGAUCCUUUGACUACCUUAGUGAGGAUCUACCAGAUACAAUUCAUAUUGGAGGAAGGAUCUCACCGAAGACAGUGUGGGAUUAUAUUGGCAAACUUAAGUCUUCAGUGACAAAGGAAUUAUGUCUAAUUCGUUUCCAUCCUGCAACAGAAGAAGAGGAAGUUGCCUACAUUUCCCUAUACUCCUAUUUUAGCAGUCGUGGCCGAUUUGGUGUGGUAGCUAAUAACAACAGGCAUGUCAAGGACCUCUAUUUGAUACCUCUCAGUGCUAAGGAUCCUAUUCCAUCCAAACUUUUGCCCUUUGAGGGACCAGGCCUUGAAUCAACUCGUCCAAAUUUAAUUCUUGGAUUAGUAAUUUGCCAAAAAGUUAAGCGUCCUGCAACUGUACUGGAAUCUGAAAAGACUGAAGAAAAAAGGAGCAGAAUUCAGAUACAGGAAGAAGUUGAAAUUUCGGGUUACUCAAAAGGUGGUGUUCUUUCCCAGCAAGAGAAAAAACCUCCAAAGUUCUCACUGUAUUCUGGAGAAACGGUUGGUAGUACCACACCGCCAGGAUCCCCACCACCUCCACCCCCAAAUCCACCUUCAGAGCCUUCCUCCUCCAUGAUGCCUUCAGUGUUAAAGAUAUUAUCAUCGGUAAAAGCAGGAAACACAAGUACUGUUGCGCCAUCAAAUACUGCAGCAUCAGGAACUGAUACAACUAUGGCAUCUUCUACUUCAUCUUCAAAAUCAUCUACGCCACUUGAUCACAUUCUGCAAACUCUUUUUGGUAAGAAGAAGGCUUUUGACUCUGUUAACAAGGAAUCUGAAGGUGCUUGUACUUCAAAGCCUGAUGCACAAACUGUUGUUGAUGAAAAAUUACCAGCCCCUCCCUUGCUAGAUCCCAUUGUGCAGCAGUUUGGGCAGAUGUCAAAAGAUAAAGUGAUAGAAGAGGAGGAAGACGAUAGACCUUAUGACCCUGAGGAAGAAUAUAUUCCAGAAAGAUCAUAUGAGAUGCAGAGCAAUGAAAGUAGAUUUGGAAAGCAAUGUGAAACUUCAGAGCAAGAAGAUGAGGCCUAUGAUCCAGAGGAUGAAACAAUCUUAGAAGAAGCCAAAGUUACUAUUGAUGAUUUGCCUAAUAAAAUGUAUUCAGAAUCUAAAAGCAACUCUUUGACAACCUCAGCUCCAUUUGUGCCUGAUGUGUCUUCACAACCAUCCUUGGUUGAGCAACAGAAAAUGUUGGAAGAAUUGAACAAACAAAUAGAAGAACAGAAAAGACAACUUGAAGAACAAGAAGAAGCCCUCAGGCAACAAAGAGCAGCUGUUGGAGUAUCAAUGGCUCAUUUUUCAGUAUCUGAAGCUUUAAUGUCACCCCCUCCAAAAGCAUCCAUAGCAAAAAUAUUCCAACAUGAAAAUCAACCUUCUGACAAAUCUGAGUUGUCCACAUCUUCAAGUCAGAGUCAAAUGUUUCAUCAGGGCAAUGAUCCUAGACAAAGUAGAGACCCACGACAAGCUAGAAGGAUUCUAACUGAACCUAAUGAAAGUUCUGACUCUACUGUAAAACAGCAUGUCUUAUCAGGAGAAUCUUCUGUAGGUCAAAUCCCACCACCCUAUUCAGGUCCAUUGCAAGCUUCAUUUGAUAAAGAAGAUAAAACACCGGCCCCUCCUGCUUCAUCUACUCAUACUGAUACAUGGAUUCCUAGUGGAAACAUUUCUGAUCUCCCUAAACAAGCUGCAUCUAUUACAUAUGAAAAUGCCCCACAACUUCACCAGGAAGCUAUUCACGUGCCACCUUCCAUUGAAAUGACCACAACUGCACCUAUUCGUAAAGUAUUGCUACCCACACCACCACUGAAUUCAUGUUUUAUGCCUACUUUCCCUGCACCUGACAAUGCUCAGAGUGUAUCUUGGUCAAAUAAGCCUCAAGACAAUAAUACUACUAGUAUAGUAAUAGAUUCUUUCUCAAAUCCAAUGUUCCCGUCUCAGGAGAACACUCCUGUUCCCUUUGAAGCAGAAAGUGGUCCCGCACAUUAUGAAGACCAAAGAAAUCCUCAGCCUUGUCAUUUUUAUGAACAAAUGAAAACUUCCACAAUUCAAAGUGAGGAAGUGAGAGGUGGACCCCCUUUUUCUUCUGUUGGAUAUACAGGUGGCCCUCCAUUAAUGCCUGGUGCUCCUGACUUCCAAUUUAUUGAGGGACAUAAUCCUCCACCAACUAACGAUGGGCAAAUGGGGCCUCCACCAAACAUGUUUGGAGCCCCAGGACCACCUAUUCCUUUAUUUUCUGCACAGCAUGGCCCACCUCCUCAUUUUAUUGAUAACAGGGGACCUCCACCAUCAUUUCCUGGUAAUCCAAGAGAACAAGCACCUGUUCAAUUUGAAGAUCAUAGGGAACCUGAAGUGGAGGAUAUGGAAUUUGCAGAUUCUCAGUAUCAUGAAAUGAGUGGUCCUGGACAAUAUGAGGAAUCUGAGCCUCCCCAGUUCAUGGGAAAUAGACCACCCUUUCCUUUCAAGGGUCAAAGAAGGCCUUCCCAAAAUAAAUUUAAAGGUCAGAGAGGGGGUCCGUCUUCUCAGUUUGGAGGCCCAAGAGGUCCACCACCGAAUCAUUUUGGAGGGCCAAGAGGUCCACCUCCAAAUCAGUUUGAAGGACAAAGAGGGCCUGCCCCAAGUCACAUGCCAGGACCAAGGGGACUUUUACCAGCACCAUUUGAAGAACGGAGAGGGAGCCCACCUCCCAGAUUUCCAAAUCAAAGAGGUCCAGCCCCACCACACCAGUAUGGAGGACCAAGGGGACCUGUGCCUGGCCAGUUUCUAGAACAAAAUGAACCUUCUCUUAAUAGACAUAAUUUUCCUAAGCAAUCCCAGCAAGGUAUGAAACCAGCCCCCAGACCUCUUUUGGAUCUUCCAAGUCCUCAAUCACAGCAUCGGAAAGAGAACUGGGAUGAAACUGGACCUCAUUCUGAUCUUGCAGAGCAAGAUGCUGAAUCAGAAGCACAGUGGUCAGGAUCUGAUUUUCGAGAGAGCCGAAGUAAUGAUUAUAGAAAUCAGCCUUUUGAAGGAAGACAGAGAGAGAGAUAUGAGGGGGGUAAUAAGGAAAAAACACCAGAGCAUCCUGAUCACUCGGAUAAUCGAUCAAAUAGGGGAACUGAUGAUAGACGGAGAGAUCGUGAUCAUACCUGGGCAUGGGAAAAGGACCGUGGCAGAAAUUGGAAUAGGGGUAGGGAAAGGGAAUGGGAGAGACAUAAGGAAAAAGACUGGGAUAAAAAUAGAGAGAGGGGCUAUAACAGAGAAAGAGAAAGAGAUUCUGAGCGAGGUAAAGAUUGGGAAAGAACCAGAGAGAGGGGUAGAAAUAGAGAUGGGGAUAAUUACCGAAGACGAGAUAGAUCAAGAAGCAGAGACCGUGAUUAUGAUAGAUACCGAGAUCGAGAUCGAGCUCGAAGUAGGGAGAGAGAAAAAGAUAGAGAAAGGGAUAGGGACCGUGACAAAGAUAGAGGGAGAGAUCGCAAGGACCGAAGCAAAAGUAAAGAAUGUGAUAAAGACUCAAAGACAGAGACACAAACAGGUGGUCAAAAACCAUCACAUCAAGAAGCUGCUCCUUCUAAUAAGCAAACAUAAAAAUUAAUAAUACUAGGUUGCUCAGAUGGAGGGAAGAUAUAAGUAUUGAUUGUGUACUAUUUGUACAUACUGUAUAUUGGUUUUGUUAGAAAAUACUUUGGUAAAAUGUAUUUCACAAAAAGAUAAAUUUUGAAUUGUAAAUACAUAUAUUCAGAUAUUAAGCAGGUACAUAUUGGGCUUGCUACAUGUUUUCAUACUGUUUUCUUACAAAAUACAUAUAGCACAAUUCUUCCCUGUAUAGGAACAGUACCUGUGCACAGACAGAUUCCAAUAGGACUUAAGAGACACUUGUCCCCUCCCUUUCCUUGGACCACUGCACUGCCUGCUAAGGUGAAGAUUUGUGGACAGGGAUGUGCCGAGUCCAUGUACAAGGUACUGCACCCACACAAGCAGACAUUGUGACAAUUGUGUUAUAGUUGUAAAGCGUUCUGAUGUUUCCUUUUUCCUUUUUCUUGAAAUUUCCAUCUGAAGACAUUAAAAUGGGAAUUGUUUUCAAAUAGCACAUUGCUUUUUUAACAUAUAAAGUUAUGUUUUCCAGUAACUUGAAUUGUAAUUUAAUGGAAACGUAAGAAAGAACUUAGAAGCCAUACCUUUACAUCUCAAAUAUAUAGUAUUUUAGUGUUUCAGGUAGUUUCCUACAUACAAUAGAGCCCAAUAUUUCUAUCCCGAACAAAUCUGGUUAUGAGCUGAUUUUUGGUAUUUAAGAAAUGUUGGCUCAGGAGCAGUGUUAUCACUUGCUUGUAAGUUGCAGAGUCCUUCGAUAAAAACACUAAGCUUCUAAGCUCACCAUUUUCCUUUUUACAUGUAGACAUUUUGAGUUUUAGACUUCCCCUGGUAACAAUUUAGACAAAAAAUGAGUAUAUCUAAAUAAUUCUUUACUUUAAACAUUUUUCAAUUUUGAAUUUUUAGAAAUGACAUAUUUGAUGGAAAAUAGUAACCUCUAUAGAAAAUACAGCCAAGUUUUUAAAACAUACUUAUUGGAAAAUACUUUAUACAUUUUGCUUUGGCAGGCAGAAUAGCUACCUGAAAGUCAUGAAAAGAUGAAGAUUUCAGACUUUGAGCAGUUUGGCUUUUCUGUAAUUUUCAUUAAAAAGAUUUGUAACACUUUUCAGAUAUUUCUUUUAAUGAGAGAUUUAAACAUGUAGUUCUGCUGUUGUCAUAACAGACAUUUAAAAGCCCUUUCUAACCAGAAUACGUCCCCACUACUUUUCUUGUCAAACCUGUGGUUAUCUUGCUAACAUGGAAGUAAAUAUUUGUGUACAGAUUGGUCUAGACAAACUGAUACCAACAAUUCUUUGCUUUAAAAAAGGGAGAGCUUUUCACUGUGAAUGCAGUAUACUAUUUCCUUAUUCUGAACAGUGCACAGGAUAAGUCAGCAGUUUAUCUGGAUUUAUAUGUACAGCUGAGCAAUUACUUUGAUAUUUUUAUAAAUAUUUGCAAAUGUAAAAUUAGAUUCAUAACAUUACAUUUUGGAAAUUGCAUUAGAAGUAGUUCUAGUCCAUAAAUAGUUCACUACAAAUUUCCACUUUAUAUUCUUUCAUCUUUGUCUUUAAACGUCAAGAUUGCAUUGAUUUAAACACAACCUAUAUGCAAAACCUUUUUGCAAAAUAUUAAAAAGGUGGUGUAGAAUGCAAAUGCCUACUAUGAUGUAAUUUUUAUUCAAGACGUUUCUAACUUAAAGACAUAUGUAAGUAUGCUAAAUUAAGUGUUUGUUUAGGUUUACUUGACAGGUUUCUGUAAAUUGUAUUUUAUAUUUCAGAAUAUAUCAUUGUAAAUUAAAUGUGGAACUUCAUAGGUUUUUGUUACUGUAAGUCAAAUAAAAAAAUUACAGAAAAUA